UACAAAAUUGGCGAGGGAGCGGGGGUGUGGCACACUUGGAAACAAUGAAUCAGGGAGAAAAUAUGAAUCCGGUGCAAUAAUCUCUCCGAAAACCACUUGAAAUCAAUCUGUGUUCUGCAUUGAACGAGUUUACGUUAGAGCAACAUUUCAACUGGUUUGGGCAACAUUUUACGAAAAGAUUAGCUGUCAAACUUACUUAAAGUGACAGAAGUCCGAAUCAGUUGCGAGUUGCACUCUGGUUGCUGAAUUCUAUUCGAUCUGCACUUUCAUAGAAGACAGCAAUCAGACUGAAACUCAUAUUUACCUCCCUGGAACUUUGCAGUUGGUAUUGGAGUGGCUAAUCACUGAAGUGGAAGAACAGGGAUGAAGAGUUUCUCCUGUGUGUUUUCCUGCCUGAUGACAGACUCCCCAUAGAGCUGCUGAUUCGCUCGAUCACAUCCCUUUAGUGUCCAGCUGGUCUUGCCAUCACACCUCACAGCUUCUCAAACAGUUGGGAACACACUCUGACAACAAUUGUCACCCACUCAUUUAGUGGCAAACACACUUCUGUUCUGCCUUGUAGUGGCAGAACACCAAUACUAGCCCAAAGCCAGGGUACUCCCACGCCUUCACACACACACACACCCUCUCUUUCUCACACACACAUCAUGGCGAGCGUGUUGCCGUACGGCUGCUUCACCCACGCAGUGGUGCGGGGCAUCCCAGAGACCUUUGGGAAGGUCGAUAAUGAGGAAACCACGACGGACUUGGCCAAGGCACAGCGUCAGUUUGGGGUUCUGACGGGGGCACUGAGACAGAAGGUGGGGCUGCAGCUCAUAGAGAUCCCUGCCGACCCGGAGCUACCAGAGAGUUGGAGGAUAGAGGAUGUAGCUGUGAUACAGGGAGACACGGCACUCAUCACCAGGCCAUUCAAACAGCAGAGACGCAGAGAGGCUGAAGCGGUGAGGAGGGUGAUGUCGGAGCUGAACCUGACAGUGGUGGAGUUGGGGGCAGAGGAGGGAGGCUCCGUAGGGGCCACGCUGGAGGGCAGCGACGUGCUCUUCACUGGCAGGGAGUUCUUUGUGGGCAUCUCCUCUCACACCAACCACAGAGGAGCUGAGGUUCUGGCCGACACUUUCAGAGACUUCACUGUGUCCACGGUGCCAGUGUGUGAGGGAACUCGUCUAAAGAACAUCUGCUCUAUGGGAGGUCCUGAUACUAUCAUCAUCAGCAACAGUGAUGGGGCCAAGAAGACCCUCCGGAUGAUGGAGCAGCUGACUGAUCACCACUACGAAAUGCUCACGGUCCCGGCGGGCGCAGCAGCUAACUGUGUCUAUGUCAGGGGCCCCUCCAAAGUGGACUACCUGCUUCACCCGCCCACUGAGGAGUGUCCUGACAGUGUCCCUGCCUUCCAGAAGCUGACAGACUACACCCUCCUCCCUACAGCGUGCAGCGAGGCCUCCAAGCUCGGAGGCCAUCUGUCUUCAUUCUGCCUACUUAUCAAUAGGAAGCCGAACUUCUGAAUACCCUGCCCUUCUCCCAUAGUAAACACAUAGACCUUCAUUGGCUAUAGGAAAAUACAAAUGUGAACAUAAAGAAAAUGGCCAACUGUUGGGCCAGGGGCUAAAGGGAAAAGUCUAAACUGUAUCCUUGGGACAUCGCAACUCUGACGUCACCCCAUUGAAGUUGACAUUUUAAAACUGUUACGGUAAGGGUUAAGGUUAGAGGUAUGGUUAAGGUUAGGUAAGUUGUAUGGUUUAGGGUUAAGUUUAGGGUAGGUAGGGAUGUCUCAAGCAUCCCGGAUAGCACUAAAUGGGGCUAAAGAGGGUUCCCCUUCUGUGGAAAGAGUGCAGUGUGGCUUGAGGAUCUUUAAUAGGCUCUAGAUUUGAAAUGUAGGCGUACUGUAUACGGGCCCGGCUCUACAGAGAUGCUCUCUGGAGACAAAAGCAUAGCCAAAUCAGUUUUAUAUCCCUAUAUUAUAUAACAAGACUUGCUGCCAUUAUCCAAAAUGUCUGAUCCAUCCUCCGAACCACACUCUCUGCGCUCAGAGUAAGUAGGCUGUUGUUACGUUGCGGCCAUAGAAAUAUAAUCCAUAGAAGGGACUUGCCACCGCUAACCAUGUCAAUUUGACUGGUAAACACAUGGGUACACUCACAGUGGCUGCCAGUCCUGACUUAAAUGGGCACAUCCGUUGUAUAGAUUCUAUGGAUUCUGUCUAUCGUUGUAUAGGCCUUUUGCAAAUUUCAGGGCAGGUGGGGCAGAGCACUUUUUUUUGUUGCCUGUUUUGCAUGUUAUCAGUUAUCAAAAUGUAUUGAGUUAAUAAAGCUGCAUACAAACAUGG